AUGCAGCCGACGACGAUAUCGCCAUCAAGCGACGGGACGAGGAUGACGCGACGAACGGCGACGGCGGCGGCGCGGCCGAAGCGACACACGAGCCCGCCCACCGUGCCGGCCAAGCCCGCGGUGCGAGCGAAACGAGCCAAAAAGGUCGACGCCAAGGCGCCAAGCAAGGAGCGAGAGCCGAAAUACGUGGUCAUGGGCAUGCUCGCCGACGUGCGGGACGACAAGGGCCGCUGGAGCGAAGCGCGCGUCAUUGACGUUGAUGUCGACGCGCAAAAGGUCAAGGUGCAUUUUCUUGGGUGGCACAAGCGUUUCGACACGUGGGCGGUGCAAUCCGCCAUUGCACCGCACGGCGCGCGCGUUGCCGGUGCCAAGAAGGACGAGAAGAGCAUGAAGCGCAGCCAUCUCAAUGCGACGCACCUCUUUGGCAUCAAUCCCAAGUACAUCGCGCACGAGAAAGACAGCGAUGCGUCCGAAGAAGAUGCUGAAGCAAGUACAAUCGAAGUGCCGAAAGAAGCAUCGCGCGGCCGCCCCCGUAAGCGCAAGGUAACUGAAGCCAAGGCGGAGGUCGCUCAGCCCGAGCGGUCACCGUCGCCCCCGGCAAAGCAGCGCAAAACACUGCGCGCGACUACGGUGACAGAAGACGCCGCUGCGCCAGCUGCGUUGUUACCGCCCGCGUCGCCACCAGUCGCGGAGACGCCAAUGGCAGUUGAGCGGUUGAACGCGAAGCCCUCGAUACCCCUUUCACCGCUGGCGCAGUCGACGCCUCCGAUGCGACCACUAACAGCGGCGAGAGAGAUGUCGCCGACGAUGGCCGUGGCAACGCCGCCCGCGAUGCAGCCGCAAUCUGGCUUUGCACCGACGAGCACGAAGACGGUGUUGGCAGAGAUCUUUCGCCAGCGUGUGCAGCAGCAGAUCGCCGAGCUCGUCGAGAAUCAAAAAGGCAAAGUCGCCAAGAAGCAGCAGCAGCAACACAAGACGAACAAGGCGCCACCCAAGCAAAAGCGCUCGGAGGGGAUGCCGUUCCCGCCCGUGAUGCCCACGUACCAAACCAACAUGGCUGCGUUCCAUCGACCGCUCCAGGCCAACGCCGCGUUCCUCCAAGAGAGCAUUGACGCAUGGAGAGCGCAGCAAGAGAACCUGAUGAAGGACAUUACGUCGGUCGUCUGUCUUUAA